UAUGUAUUCUCAAAGAGUAUCUGUUAUAUCAUUUGAUAGUUUCAGUACUUUCGAUGAUAUUAAUGCACCCAAAGAUGAAGAAGCAUUAUACGACACCGUUGCUAAAGAAAUAUGCACAUCGGAAGCUGCCAUUCAAGUCAACGUUGACAGCUUGAGCAGGCGAAAUAAGGAGAUUGUCAAAGAAGUUGAAGAGUCGUCUUCUAUGAGAGAUGAUGGGAUAACCAGUGACUAUUCACAAUUAUCUCAGAAAGAAGAGGAUUCAGCUUCAAUAGGAUCUUCAGUUGUCAAAUUUCGAAGAAUUAGAACCUUAGAUAUGGGACGUAGUGUCGAUAAAGAGGAAGAAGAAGAGAAAAGAAACAAGCUAUUUAGCGCCUGGAAGACUGCAGUAGCAACAGUGAGAAUAGCAAAUUGGUUAAGUGAUAAACCUAAGCAAGCAGAUGAAGAUGACGGAUGGAGUGAACAAGAUUCAAGUAUUGUUUAA